AUGGCGGCAAGGGGCAGAGGAACAGGAGGCCGCAACUCGUCACACUUUUGUCCCUCUUCCUCCUCUCUCGCCGCCGCCGCCGCCGGCUCUCUGUCCUCCCUCUUCCUCCUUGUGAGUCUCCCCCUGUCUCGAGCAUCCGCAGCGCCUUCGCCAUCUCCGUCCCCCGAGCCGGCAUUCGACUAUGGCGACGCCCUCACCAAGAGCCUUCUGUAUUUCGAGAGUCAGCGCUCCGGCCGGUUGCCGUACAACCAACGAGUCAACUGGCGCGGCCACUCCGGCCUCACCGAUGGCCUCGAGCAGGGGGUGAGUACCAAGCUGGGCAGACAGACACCCCAUCUCUCUACUCUCCACGCUCUCUGUACUUUCUCUCUCUCUCUGUGCUGUGGGUCACCGAGGGGGUGUUGCAGGUGGAUCUGGUGGGGGGCUACUACGACGCCGGCGACCACGUGAAAUUCGGGCUGCCGAUGGCCUUCACGGUGACGAUGCUGGCGUGGGGAGUGAUCGAGUACGGCGAGGAGAUCGCCGCCGCCGACGAGUAUGGUCACGCGCUGGAGGCCAUAAAGUGGGGCACCGACUACUUCAUCAAGGCUCACACCCAGCCGAACGUUCUCUGGGCGGAGGUCGGGGAGGGCGACACCGACCACUACUGCUGGCAGCGGCCCGAGGACAUGACCACCUCGCGGCAGGCCUACAAGAUCGACGCCGACCACCCCGGCUCCGACCUCGCUGGCGAGACGGCGGCGGCCAUGGCCGCCGCCUCCAUCGUCUUCCGUCGCCGGAGUCCCCACUAUUCCCUCCUCUUGCUACACCACGCACGACAGUUGUUCCAGUUCGGCGAUGAGCACCGGGGACACUACGACCGGAGCGUGGCCGAAGCGAAGAAAUCCUACUCGUCGAUCAGCGGGUACAAUGACGAGCUGCUCUGGGCUGCUCUGUGGCUGCACAUGGCCGAUGCCGGAGGCGACGGCGGCUGGCGUUACCUCGACUAUGUGCUGAGGAAUGGGCACGCGCUCGGGGGCACCGGCUGGGCCAUCAAUGAGUUCAGCUGGGACAUCAAAUAUGCCGGCGUUCAGGUCCUCGCCGCCAAGGUAAUCCCGCUCCACGCCUCUCCCUGUCGAACAUUUCCUUGGCUUCUCCCUCUCCGAUUGAUCAUCUUUGCUCUAGUUAGCGUUCACAGGCGGAAUGCAUGGGCCCAUUCCUUCGGCUACGACUCGUAGAUCACCACCCCGAUAGACAUUCAUAUAUAUUUAUAUCUAGAGAGAGAGAGACUAGAGUAGUUAAUCCAUGGCAGGGAUCUGGUCAAUGCCACUGGUUAGAGAGGGAGAGGGAGAGGGAGAGAGAGAGAGAGAGAGUAGGCCAAGCUCCGGACCCACUCUGGCUGGUUGGAGAGACAGAGGGUGAAAGAGCCGCGCUGACUGCCAUAAUGAGCUCACAGAUACCGGCCCACUCUAUUCUUUUUAAAGAAACAUAUCUUACGUUCACGUCGCUUUGCUCGGCAUCCUAAGGUAUUGAUGGAGGGAGGGCGGGCCCAGUUGACAGACGAGGCGGAGGCCACCCUUAAGAAGUUCAGAUCCAAGGCGGAGCACUACCUCUGCGCCUGCCUCGGCAAGAACAACGGAUCCAACGUCCACCGGACCCCGGGGGGCCUCCUCUACGUCCGCCACUGGAACAAUAUGCAGUACGUGUCCGGCGCCACCUUCCUCCUCACCGUCUACGCCGACUACCUCCGCCGGGUAAACCAGGCGCUUCCCUGCCCCGACGGCGCCGCCGGGCCCUCCGAGCUCCUCUCCGCCGGAAAGUCGAUGGUCGAUUACAUCCUCGGCGCCAAUCCGAUGGGCCUCAGUUACCUGGUGGGCUUCGGGCCGCACUUUCCCCGGCGGGUGCACCACCGGGGAAGCUCUAUCGUCUCGCACAAGGAGAGCAAAGGCUUCAUAGGUUGCAUGCAGGGGUACGAUGACUGGUACGCCCGUCGGGAGGACAACCCCAAUGUCCUCCUUGGAGCUCUCGUCGGCGGGCCCGACGGCAAUGACAUGUUCAGGGACGAGAGAGGGAACUACAUGCAGACGGAGGCCUGCACCUACAACACCGCUCCUCUCGUCGGUGUCUUCGCCAAACUUCACCGCCUGAGACGAAAAGAAGAUGCAGAACAGGAAGAUUCCAGCGCGUCGAUCUCUUCUUAUUAG